GAGAAGGAGAAAGAUGAGUCGCCGGGUGGAAUACACGUUAGCUCCUCCGCAGAGGAAUGAAUCUGACGGUUUUGAUUAUCCCGACGGUAUCCCAAUAUCAUACAAUCUUCAUAGGCUUCGUCACUUUGAGUGUGAAGGCAGUUAUCCCAAGUAUCCUUAUGGUUCUUUGGUCAAGUUUUAUGCAAUGGUGGGACUUCAUCGUUACAAUGUGUUGGAGGGGAAAAAUUUGCAGCUCGAUACCCUAAAGAGUUUCAACAUGAGAAUCAAUUGUGGUGCUUCUUCUUACUACAUUACUUUGGCUGCACGCGUUCCAGAUAGCGGUUUGAAGCAGAUCUUUCAGGUUCUAGUUCAUGAAGAGCGUCUUGGCAGUUUAGACAUGACAUGUACUAUCGCUAGACCUCGAGUGACUACCAAUGUGCCUUUUCUACGUCCGCACAGCGAAUCAGAGUAUGAUUAUAUGGACAAUGAUGAAUUGCCUGACUGGCCUUCAGAGAUUGCUUUCGAUGAUACAAAACGGUUUCAUCUGGUGAAGGAAUCAGAGUUGCGAGACAAUGAUUGGAUUCGACUCUAUUUGGAACUUACACUUGUUGCUCACGAUAGGUUUCUUACAGUUCACUAUCUCUCCCAGUUGGAGAUUGUGAAAGUUGCGAUUGAAGAAGUGGAGCAACCGAAUGCGAGUCUCAACACCAAAACUACAUUUGUCUACAUAACUUAUAAGGACUUGGCAAAGGCUCAGAUUGGUGAGCCGGUUGAUCGCAAAGCUAUUGUUAGAAAAAUCAUCAAUGAGACUACGGGACUCUUGAGACUCCGGGGUGAUUAUUGGAGUGGAGAAAGAAGUGUGAUCACUCCGGAGGAGGAAUAUAUGCUUCUCCAUGGCGGAGAAAAAGUUCGAAACAAUGAGCAGCGUUCUAAAAAACUUAAGCGUCGUGUAGGUGUUCAUAGGCUAUGGCGAUGGUGGUACCAGGCUUACAAAAACCGUGGCCUCCGCUCGUCGUCUUAUUAAGUAAUGAAUGUGGAUAAGCUGCAUAACUAUUAUUAAUGGUCUCUGACUAAGUUAUUUUGUGCGUUUGGACUGUUUAUGUGGAUUUGUUUUUUUGCGGUUUGUGUAAGUUAUAAGGGUGUACUGUUCUCAACAUCUGAACACUAAUGUUUAGUUUAAUCGUGCUUGGUUUUGUC